UACCGAAGCUAUCUCCAGAUUCAGGAGAGUUCAACAGAUGACAUGGACACAUCAAAGUGUCCCACGUCAACCAGACUCUAGUGACCAGGAAGACAAGCAUAGUUCACAGCUAUUUUUAAGCCUGGCAACCACACAAUGUUCAGCUGCAACCUGAUGCUCUGUGCCAAGUCACGUUGCGAGCGAGUCUUUCAGGCGGUUAGUGCUGUUACCCCGUCAGCAUUACCCAGGCAUGUCUGUGGAAGAGCUUGCACCCUCCAUGGUCUCCAAAAACAUGGAGCCUGACAUCUGCAGGGACUGGAUGAUGAAAAACGAAGAGGAAAUCAUCAAAUUAGAGCGGAUUUCAGAUGGAAGCUCUGCAGAGGAAUCGGAGGAGGAACCCGAGCCCCCACCGGUAGCCGUACGACGAAAGGUGUCGUUUGCGGAUGCCUUUGGUCUAGACCUGGUUUCCGUGAAGGAGUACGAUAACCGGGAUGUAUCAAGGCCGGAGGCGGACGGUAGAGAGGGUGAGGAAUACUACAUCUCAUGCCUCUUCACCCUCCCUGUCUUAAACCAGGACAUGGAGGUGAGACUUCAGCAGCAGAAGCUGGAGCUGGAGCGCAUCGAGCUUCUCCCUGGAUCCACCACGAUCCGGGGCAUCGUCCGCGUUCUUAACCUCUGCUUCCACAAGGCCGUCUACAUCCGCGUCUCGCUGGACGGCUGGCAGAGCCACUCCGAGCUGCUGGCCGAGUACGUGCCCGGGUCUAGCGACGGAGAGACGGACUGCUUCUCUUUCCUUCUCGCGCUGACGCCUCCAUUCCAGGUCGAAGGGGUUCGGAUGGAGUUCUGUCUGCGCUACGAGAGCGAUGUCGGAACCUUCUGGGACAACAAUGGAGGGACGAACUACAUCGUCUUCUGCCACCAAAGACGAAGGAGUGAUCAGAGAGAAAAAGAGAAAGAAAGUGAAAGGGAGAAGUUAGUAGAGGAGAGUAACCAGAAAAGCAUCAGGAGCUGCCUUAAAGCAAUCAGCAAAAAGAUCUGCACGGAGGCGACACCCGCAGAGGCGAGCGGGGAGAUCUCAGAGCAAGUCACACCCAAAACAGAGGAAGAAGCAGGAAUCACUCCCUACAAAUCCAUUAAGGACUGCUGCAAAACUCUGGUGGAUCGUCGUAGGAAACGUCAAGCUGCUCGUUUGGCACACGUGCAAGACUACUUCGCUCAGAAAGCAAUGGAAACCCAGAAUAGAUGUAAUUCCAACACAAAUGAAAGUACCAUGUCCAUCCCAAGGCUUGGUAUGCCAAGUAGAACUGACCUGCCGGUUGUCCACAGCCGGCAAGGACACGGUAUGGACACGCCACCUAUACUAAUGUACCACCAGAUCCCUUUACUUUCUCUGGAUUGGGGCAGUACAACGACAUCAACAACAACGACAACAACAACAACAACAACCACCCCUCCCCAUGCAAACCCUCCUGAUGCCUACAGUGAAACAGGCUGGCAAGUUGAAGAUCACGUAGCAAAAUCGACUUCUGACAUCUGGAAAGCUUUUCUUAACAGCACUGACACAACACACACUCACAGUGAUAUACAGGAACAAACGUGUCCUCCUACAGAGACACUUUGCCAAUCAGAAGUUUUAGACUCAAGGGACAAAGUCGUAACUUCAUUGGAGGACAAGGGAGCUGAGAAAGACAACAAUCAUGGGUCUGGUGACAUGACAGCAAUGGAAAUUGUAAGAUGUGAUCCCACAGAGCAAUCAAAAGGUCCUUCUAGAGAUCAGGUUUGGGGUUACCAGCUAGUGAAAGAGCCAAGGCUCACUAGAGUACCAUGUUCUGCUCUGGGAUCGGAGCCAGAGAGGGUGGGAAGAGAGUUUGAGGCAUCUCGUGACCGCCAGGCCUCACAUCAUGAGCACACAAGGGGAUCUUUGAGUCAAGACACGACCAAGGCAAGCUCGGGGGACGAAACUCGAACCGCACAUGACACCGAGACUCAGAAUUCAGAAGCCGGAGAUGGAAUCUCACCUGAAGAAUGCACAGGCAGCUUCGACACCUCAAAGGUUAAAGAAAACACACACAGAGCGGUCAAAGACACCCUGACAUUUACGGGUAUCAGGGACGUGUCGCUCACAAAUAGACAGGCCGAGGGAUCUUCUUCAGAAAGGAAAGAUAUAAAUAAAGAUGAUAGCGAGGAGCAGGUGGAAAUGAGAGAGUUUUAUAGAGAAGUACAUGAAGAGGAGACGGAAAGCAGUGGAAAAGGACGAGAUGAAACAACUAGGGAUCACAGCGCAGAAACACGGAGCGUUUCAUCGUGCGCGAGCGAGGCGUUUAAUGAGAGCGAAUUAUGCAUGUCGAACAAGAAUCUUAACAAAGACCAUUCAGAGCUACUGAAAAUCGAAGAGAGAAGGUUUGAGGGAAACGAAGGACUUAAAAUGAAGGAGCAACUGAAUGAGACGACUGCUCAAGAAGGCGAAAGCGCUGAAAAACGUUCGGAAACCAAACGAGAGCUUGUAGAGGACUCCAGAGCGGUGGGGGACAGUUGCACAGAUGGAGAAGAGAAAGAGUUUGAGUUACUCCAGGCGACCCAUCCAGCAGUUACUGACCCAUCCAAGCACCUCCUUCAGACAACAUCUGCAAAGAAAAGUGAGGUCACUUCUCCAGAAGAGGACUUUGAGCUUGGGAAGACUCUCGGAAACUUUCAAGAACCCCAGCGACCGAACCGAGAGGGUGAACACCGCACGCCAUUACCCAGCAUGCACUUGUGCAGCAACAGGAUGUUGUCAUGGUGGAGGGAGUUCUGCUCCAUGGGUCACAUGACCAAGGCUCUCGUGUACGCUAUUCUGUUCGUGAUCUUCAUAACGGCGUAUCUGUACGACCUGCCGACCUGGCUUGGACUAUCGGUUUUCUCUGUGCUGGUUGUGCAGCCAGGGCACGAAACAGCGUCUGGAUGUGGCUGUUGA